CGAUUUUAAACCGUUGGCGGUAAAAGACUCAACAGAGCGGUUGUGGCUGUUUUGGUUGUUGCGUACUGCAAAUAAAGUAUAAUUUCUGGAUAAAUACAUUUUAAAUGGCAGAAUUAAUGCAAGCUGUAACGUUAUUUAGCUCUUCAGAUGGAUCGACUUACAAUGCAAUUACUGGUUUAGAAAUAUGUAAACACUGCGGGAAAAGGACACUUGUUUGUCCUCAUAAAUUUCCAAAGGACUUGAUCAUAGAACUUCCAAGAGACAGCUCACACCUUAAAAUUGUUCGAGUUGAGCCUGACAUGCGAAUUACGAUGACCUCUGAACGCAAUGCCAGGAUGACAAAAGUAAAUGACAACAUAAAGUUCAGUGUGUUGGAAUCGAUCACUGCGCUGGAAGAUAUAUGGCAAGAAAUUGGAAUAAAAGAGGAACAAAAAGAGCAGCGUAAUAAUACUGUUAUUGAGCAUGUUCAAGAUUUACUAAAGGAAAUGCUUGCAGAAGAGGAUGAGUUAAAGCAAAAAAUGUACUUGAAAACAGAAGAAUAUAAAAGAGAGUUAUCUGAACUUUGCAAUGAUCUUGGGUUGCCUCUUAAACAGAUACCGUCCAACUUAUCAUUACUGCAGCUGGAAGGAAAACUUCGUAAUGAUGUUGAUACAUUAAAUAAGGAAAAACACGAUCGUUUGAAGUCUUUAAAAAGACUCAGAAAUGAUGAGCAAGAGUUGUGCGAUCGCCUUGUCAUGCCUCAACACGAAUUCAAUUUUGUUGGCUGCCCCACACUUGAGCAACUGAGAGAACUUGAGCAAAAUGUCAAAUUUCUGAAAGUAGAAAAGGGAAGACGUUUGGAAUUGUUCAAGAAAUUACAAGCCUCAAUUAAACAACUCUGGAUGGAGUUAGAUGUUGAACCAGUCAUGGAAAUGGAACAAAGUCUGUGCAGAGAAGAUGCUGAUGAUACGUUUGUUUUAUCCCACCAAAAUCUUGAGGACAUGACAAGUUUACAGAAAAAGCUGGAACAAGAGCAUUCAGACUUGAUUCAACAAAUUGAUGGACUUCGUGCAAGAGUAAAAUCACUGUACGAGAGGCUGGAUACUUGCAAGGAAGAACGUGAGAAAUUCUUCAAGAAGACUGCCAGCAAUACACCAAAAAUUGCUAAAAUGUUUAUGAAAGAGGUUGAACGUUUGGAAGAACUGAAACGACAACACAUGCAAAAAUUUAUUGAAUCGAUACGAAAGGAACUUGUGUCCCUUUGGGAUAAAUGUUAUUUUGGUGAUGAUCAAAGACAACUUUUUAUGCCUUUUUAUUCUGAUGUUUUCACAGAAGAAACUCUAGCAGAACAUGAACAUCAAGUUGCUACAGUGAAAAAUUUUUAUGAAGAUAAUAAAGAGAUGUUUAAAAUAGUUGAAAAGAGGGAAUCAUUGUGGAAGAAGAAAUUAGAAUUUGAGAAUCGAUCAACUGAUUCGAAUCGUUUGAAUAAUCGAGGUGGUGCAUUACUGAAGGAAGAAAAAAUCAGAAAAGCUGUGGAGAAGGAGUUGCCAAAAGUUGAGAAUGAGAUUCGCAAGAAGGUCAUUGUCUGGGAGAAGGAGAACGAAACGUAUUUCAUGUUCAACGGGCAUCGUUAUAUAGAUUUUGUCGAAUGUCAACGAAAUGAUUAUGAACAUGAACAACAAAUGAAAAAAGAUGAGAAGCAUCGAGCUAAGCAAGAAGAACUUAACCAGGAGUUAGCCUAUGGAUCAAAGGUUAACCCUAAGAGGAAAAUAGUUGGGACACCUGGCAAGCAGCCUAAAGUUGCUAGGUUAAACGGUACCCACACACCGAGUCGGUUUAUUCACUCGUCUAUCCUUCCAUCUCCUCGACGUCCCAAAGGUAUAGAGAAUAGAACACCAGUGAAUCAAACCGCUGCUAGAAAAGUUGCAGCUAAAAAUGCGAAGAAAGGAAACAAGGUGCAGUCCGAAGCCCGACGAAGAAGUGUGAAGAGAAGAUCAAUGCGGUUAGCCAAUGCGAAACGGGUACUCUCCGAAAAGAGCCAAAACCAAACAACGAUGCCCGACCAUCACUAUCUGGACGAUUCAAAGGUGCUAAGCGGCUCCACUUUGGUAAAACCUAAUCCCAAUCUGUCUUUGAUCUCGUACAGCGAUUUUACUAACGCGGUCGCUGAAAGUCCGUACAGUCGAAGCAGUUUCCUAUGUAACCCUGGUAAAGAUCGCACACCGAACAUGUUCAGUUUCACCAACAUCUCAUCGCACAACAGCAGCAGCAGUAGUAGCAGGUCAAAUAGAACAGCUAACCGAACAAUGACUGAUCGCGCGCCAAAACAUUUUAAAAUGUAAACAUGAAUAGUUCAAGCUAACGAGGGGAUUGUUAUUUCUUUAUCGGUCUUUAUUUUUUCUUGUUUUAUAUAUAUUUGUAUAUUUAAAAUUAUUUUAUUAACUGUCUAUAUAAUUUUGAUUGUAGCAAAAUUUAUUCACGCAUAAUUUUAACGUUUGCAUUGACGAAAAGCUUUUUCGCUCGGAGUCAAGUUCAAAUCUCCUGGAUGACGUUUAAUUUUCCGGGUGCAUACAAGUUUUACUUUUUUUGUUUGUUUUUAUCGGUAUGUAUUUUUAGCGUGGUUUUGAACCGAGCUUUUUACUUUUUUUUGUCCCUGGGUACAAGAUUGUUAAAGAACAUUUGUCUAUAUUUACCUAGGAGUAUUGUCUAGUAUCCUUUUCCGUUAUAUAAACAUUUUUAAAAUAUAUUACUUAAAGAACGAA